AUGUCGGGAAACACAUCUCCUGCUAGAAAUAACCGGUGGACACAAGAAAGGAUGGAGGCGGAAAUGGACACAGCUGGAGACGGUGUUGCGUGGAUAGACAAGGAUAUACGAGAGCCUGAAAAUCACGAACCCGAUGGUGGAAAAACAGGGGAGGAAAUCCCUCUCGCAACCCUCGGUCCUGGAUUGUCAAGGGGGGUAGAAAGUCCCCAGGUUUACUCCGUUGUCAACUCUGGAGAAGGGACACCCCGUAGUUCAACGAGUGAACAUAGGGGGAAGGAAAGUUCUCGGGUCUACCCCGUCGUCAACUCUGCCCAGCGUGAACCCUAUCCAGGAAGUCACAUGGCAGAUUCUGUCACCCUAUGGAGUGAUGUCAUGGAAGAAUUAAAAGGACUCCGGAGAGACCUUGUGAGGAAGGAAAGCCGUAAGGAUUCUGCUUCAGAAUCUUCAAGUGACAACAGUGAUAAUAAGAAAAGGAAAUCAAGGCGACGAAAACGCACUACAUCAGAUGAGGACAGCUGCUCAGACACUGAAUCAGAAUCAUUGAGCAGUGGCAAUGGCAAAAGGGAGCGCAGACCUAAACGACUUCGCAAGCACAGCAAUACCGAAACUUCAAGUGAUGAUGAUGACAUGACAACACACCGGCCAAAACGAAAAUCUAAACAACUUCGCAAGCACAGCACUACCGAAACUUCAAGUGAUGAUGGUAACAAGAUAACACACCGGCCAAAAGGAAAUUCGCAAAUCCAAAAAGAACCGCUCCCACUCAAAACAAUCUGA